UAUUUCCCGUUAAAUAAUCUACGUACUCACCUACUUCCUCUUCCGCAAGAGGUGGGGUCUAUUGAUCUACGUGGCAACCUUCAAUUGGUUCAUUUUUUUUGUCUUCAUCUGCUCCAUCAUAAAUUUAAUUCUGCAAAAAGGCGAUUGCGGCGUCUGUCCUUUUCUUGUUUCAUUCAUAUCUUCAAAAACAUGUUUUGAUUCACUUUUUAUAUUUAUGUCCAAAAUGAUUGAUCUUUAUAAGGGUAUAUAUAUCCAAUCCAAUUCAUCUUAAUCGGAUAUGUUUUGAUUUUUUUUUUUUACAGGGUUAUAUGUAUUUUCAAGGAAACUUGUUCCCUUUAUUAGUUUGUGACAUAAAGGUUAAAGUUUCAAUCUUUUGUUGUUGAGGUGAAUUGGGUAUCUUUUUUUUUUUUUUUUUUAAAUAGCAAGGUAUUUUUCUUUUUGGGUUUUUUGUAUUUUUGUAUAGGGAGUUUUUGAAUUGAUUUUAUUACCAUAUCAAGAAUUGGCUUCUGUGAGAAGCUAUGGACAGUCAAUUUUGAUAUGUAUAUAUGGAUUUGGAGAAUGUUGAUAAAUGAAUUAUGAGUAGUAAAGAAAAAAAAAACAGUUCUAUAAUCAGUAAAGAGUUUGUUUGAUUCUUCAAUGCCAGCCACUUGUUAGGGGCUUUAGUUUGUUGGUUGGAUUUAGACCCUUUUUUAAGGUUGAUUUGUUAAAGUAAUUGGAUAUGAGUUUUGUUAUUGAAUAAUGAGGUUAUAGCAAUCAGAGGCGGAGCCAGAAUUUGAAAUUUAUGAGUUCUGAAUUUAACAAUCUGUACGUGUUUAAUGGAUUUUUAAGACAAAUAGAGGGUUUGAAUCAGAGCUACUGGGUUGGGAUGAACCCGUAGCCAAUACUCUAGCUCUGCCCCUGAUAGCAAUGAGAGGCAAAGGCCUAUAUAAUGUCGAUGGAUGCCUCGAAUAGGACAUUCUCUGAUCUUUUAAAGUUACUGAAAUCGUGGAUCCCUUGGCGGUCUGAGCCUGAUAAUGUAUCGAGGGAUUUUUGGAUGCCCGAUCAUAGUUGUCGGGUGUGUUAUGAUUGUGAUACUCAAUUCACAUUGUUUAAUCGUAGGCAUCAUUGUCGUCUAUGUGGACGGGUUUUCUGUGCUAAGUGCACGUCAAAUUGGGUUCCAGCUCCAUCUAGUGAACCAAGGCCACUACAAGAAGAGUGGGAAAAGAUUAGAGUAUGCAAUUACUGUUACAAGCAAUGGGAACAAGGUUUAACUUCUAGUGUUCAUCAUGGACCUCGGGUUGCUAACGUGCACACUAGUUGUUCUUCGCCUUCUGCAGCCAGUUUUAUCAGCUUCAAGUCUAGUGGAACUGGUGAUAGUAGUAGCAUUACCUUUACUUCAGUGCCACAGUCUUCUGUAAUUAGUCCAUGCAAAUCGGUUGUAACGGAAUCUUCUCUAGACAGGCAAAGUGUUGCAACAGCUAGAGGGAGCUAUGAUCCUGCUAAUACAGGGGUUUUGGACAACCAAUAUGCAUUUUGCGCAACAAGGAGUGAUGAUGAAGAAGACGAAUAUGGUAUUUACCAGUUAGAUUCGCAGGGCCAUUUGGUCAAUAGUUACUAUGGUCCCGCUCAGUAUGACGAGAUCAAAAAGGAGUAUGGACCACAUAAAGAACACCCUGAUGGAGAAGCUAUGGAUGAAAAAAGUGUGAGCAGCUCUUCCUUACACAAUAGUUUUGAUUCCCAGGCUUCCGAAGAAGUCCAACAGAUUGUAAAACAGGACAUUUCUGAUGAAUGUGAAGUGCCUUCAUCCAUAAAUGUUGCAGAAGAUGUUAAUGUGGAACCUGUGGAUUUUGAGAACAAUGGAGUUCUGUGGCUUCCACCUGAACCAGAAGAUGAAGAAGAUGAAAAGGAAGCACUUAUGUAUGAUGAUGAUGAUGAUUGCGAUGCUGCAGCAGAGUGGGGAGGUUUACGGUCAUCAAGCAGUUUUGGAAGUGGUGAGUAUAGAAGUAGGGAUAGGUCAAACGAAGAGCAGAAAAAGGUUGUGAAAAAUGUGGUUGAUGGCCACUUCAGGGCUUUAGUAUCCCAGCUUAUGCAGGUUCAAGGCCUUGCCAUUGAUGAGGAAGAUGAAAAAGAGAGUUGGCUGGAGAUUAUUACAUCCCUAUCAUGGGAAGCUGCUACACUUCUGAAACCAGACACUAGCAAGGGCGGAGGGAUGGACCCUGGGGGCUACGUAAAGGUGAAAUAUGUAGCAUCUGGGCGUCGUAGUGACAGUGUGGUGGUGAAAGGAGUUGUCUGCAAGAAAAAUGUAGCUCAUCGACGAAUGACAUCCAAAAUAGAGAAGCCUCGCAUAUUAAUCCUUGGAGGGGCUCUUGAAUACCAGCGUGUCUCUAACCACUUAUCAAGUUUUGAUACUUUGUUGCAGCAGGAAAUGGAUCAUCUCAAGAUGGCUGUUGCCAAAAUUGAUGUGCACCAACCAGAUGUUCUUCUGGUGGAAAAAUCCGUAUCUCGCUAUGCGCAAGAGUACCUCCUGGCAAAGGACAUAUCCCUUGUCUUAAAUAUCAAGAGGACACUUUUGGAGCGUAUAGCCCGUUGCACGGGUAGUCAAAUAGUACCUUCAAUAGAUCAUUUCUCAUCUAGAAAGUUGGGAUUCUGUGACACGUUCCAUGUUGAGAAGUUUUUUGAAGAGCAUGGUACAGCUGGACAGAGUGGAAAGAAGCUGGUGAAGACUCUAAUGUACUUUGAAGGCUGUCCAAAGCCACUGGGAUGCACUGUAUUACUCCGUGGUGCAAAUGGAGAUGAGUUGAAGAAAGUAAAGCAUGUCUUUCAAUAUUCAAUUUUUGCAGCUUAUCAUUUGGCUCUGGAAACCUCUUUUCUUGCUGAUGAGGGAGCAUCUCUACCUGAUCUUCCUCUGAAUUCUCCAAUAACUGUAGCACUUCCAGAUAAAUCAUCAACUAUUGGCAGGUCAAUCUCAACAAUACCUGGUUUUACCAUUCCUUACGCUGAGAAAACUCAAUCACCAUUAUGUGGUGGUGCAAACCUUUGUGCUCAGAAAAUGGUUACGACAGAGUUCCCUACUGCUGCAAGCACUGAUACUGCCUUCUUUGGGCCCUCCCUGUCUGGUUCAUCUGUGGACAGAGGUAUUGUGCAUAUGAUAGAGUCUUCCAGAUUAAAGCCUUCAAUAGCUAACAAUAUCCAAGAUGCCCAAGGAUACCAUUUCUUGUCUACCGGUUUUGCGCCUUCAGAUAAAAUUGAACAGGGUUGUUUGUCAAAGAAUGUCCAAAAUGGCAGUGUGGAUGUGAACCAAAGUGGCUCAAAUCCAAUGGUUUUGCAACUAGACGGAAAAAACGUUCACGAUGAACCAGCUUCAUCAAAGGAAGAGUUUCCUCCGUCCCCAUCUGACCAUCAAAGCAUUUUAGUUUCUUUAUCGUCCCGAUGUGUUUGGAAGGGAACUGUCUGUGAAAGGUCCCAUCUCUUUCGGAUAAAAUACUAUGGGAACUUUGAUAAGCCACUGGGUCGAUUUCUACGAGACAAUUUGUUUGAUCAAAGUUAUAGAUGCCGUUCAUGUGAGAUGCCUUCAGAAGCACAUGUUCAGUGUUACACUCAUCGACAAGGCAGUUUAACUAUUUCGGUUAAGAAGCUGCCAGAGUUUCUUUUGUCUGGCGAAAGGGAAGGAAAAAUAUGGAUGUGGCAUAGGUGCCUGAGAUGUCCAAGGGUUAAGGGCUUUCCUCCAGCAACUCAAAGAAUAGUGAUGUCUGAUGCUGCUUGGGGCUUAUCCUUCGGGAAGUUCCUAGAACUUAGUUUUUCUAACCAUGCAGCUGCUAGCAGAGUGGCUAGCUGCGGGCAUUCUUUACAUAGAGAUUGUCUUCGGUUUUACGGAUUUGGGAAAAUGGUUGCUUGCUUUCGCUAUGCGUCAAUUGAUGUUCACUCAGUGUGCCUUCCUCCUGCAAAGCUGGAUUUCAACUAUGAGAAAAAUCAGGACUGGGUACAAAAAGAAAUAAACGAGGUCAUUGGCCGAGCUGAACGUUUGUUUUCUGAGGUUCUGAAUGCAAUCCGUCUUUUGGUGGAGAAAAAAUGUGGUGGUCAAUAUAACAGCAGUGCUAAAGCACCUAAAGCAAGAGGUCAAAUUGCUGUUUUGGAAGGAAUGCUGCAGAAGGAGAAGGAAGAAUUUGAACAGGAAUCUCUCCAGAAAAUUCUGACCAAGGAGGCGAAAAAGGCGCAGCCUGUUGUUGAUAUUUUCGAGAUUAAUCGGUUGCGAAGGCAACUUAUUUUCCAAUCUUAUAUGUGGGAUCACCGUCUCGUAUAUGCAGCCAGCUUAGAAUGCGAGGCUCAUUGCGUUACUGAAGAGAAACCCCUGGUUGGUAAUGAUAAGUUCACUGCUCCAGAUAAUCCUGCCAGGCCGAGUGACAGUUUGAAUGUCGCUGAUUCUGUUUCUUUAACUCCAACACUUGGUGAAAAAUCUAAUGAUGGAGUAAGUGGUAGCCAAAAGAAUCAUGUGGACACAGAUCAUCAAGGAUCUGAGGCUCUCUUUGAUUCUAGUUGUGCAACUGAGAAACCAGCAGGUCUUCCUGCUGGAACAGAAAGUCAAUCCGCAGAAUCCAAUACAGAGGGGUCUAGAGCCCUUUCUGAUGGGCAGUCCUCGAUCACGGAUAGUUUGUCAGAUACUCUUGAGGCAGCUUGGACUGGUGAAACUAUUUCCGGUGCUGGAGUGCUGAAGGACGGUACUUGCAGAUCUUCUGAACCACCUAUAGCAGAUUCUUCAACAACUAGAUUAGCAGAAAAAGUAGAUGUUGAAGACCCUGUGGAGGAACAUAACGGAAUUAAGCCGUCUGGAUUUCCUCCUUCAUUAUCCUCUAAGAGCUCUGAAAAUGUGGAAGAUGCCGGGGGAUGGUUAGGUAUGUCUUUUAUUAGCUUCUACCGGUCACUGAACAAAAACUUUUUACCAAGUGCUCAGAAGUUGGAUACGCUUGGCGAGUACAGCCCUGUCUACAUUUCAUCAUUUAGAGAGUCAGAGGCACAAGGUGGAGCCAGGUUGCUCCUACCUGUUGGGGUUAAUGAUACCAUUAUACCAGUGUAUGAUGAUGAGCCCACUAGUAUUAUAUCUUAUGCACUAGUUUCACCAGAUUAUCUUGCACAACUAUCUGAAGAGCUAGAGAAGUCAAAGGAUACUAGUUUGGACUCUAACCUUCCACUGCAGUCCCAAGACUCAGGAAGUCUGCAGUCCGUUCAAUCUAUGGAUGAAAUGGUAUUAGAAUCCUUCAAAAGUCUUGGAUCUACAGAUGAUGGUUUCUUGUCCUCAUCCAGUAGUCAUAGCUCUUCGGUUUUGGAUCCGCUCUCAUGCACAAAGACAAUGCAUGCCAGAGUCUUAUUUUCGGAUGAUGGACCGCUUGGGAAAGUGAAGUACACAGUGACUUGUUAUUACGCAAAGCGCUUUGAUGCUUUGAGAAGGAUAUGUUGCCCAUCUGAGAUGGACUUCAUAAGAUCUCUAAGCCGCUGUAAGAAAUGGGGAGCCCAAGGAGGCAAGAGCAAUGUUUUCUUUGCUAAAACCUUGGAUGAUCGAUUCAUUAUCAAACAAGUGACUAAGACAGAACUGGAAUCUUUUAUAAAGUUUGCUCCUGCAUAUUUUAAGUAUCUUUCAGAAUCAAUAAGCUCAAGGAGUCCUACUUGCCUGGCAAAGAUUCUGGGGAUCUAUCAGGUGACAUCUAAGCAUCUUAAAGGAGGGAAGGAAACUAAAAUGGAUGUGCUAGUUAUGGAGAACCUUCUAUUUGGGAGGAAUCUAACGCGGCUUUAUGACCUUAAAGGAUCUUCCCGGUCUCGUUACAAUCCCGACUCUAGUGGAAGCAAUAAGGUCUUGCUGGAUCAGAACUUGAUCGAGUCUAUGCCAACUUCACCUAUUUUUGUUGGAAACAAAGCCAAGAGACUUUUGGAACGAGCUGUCUGGAAUGACACUGCUUUUCUUGCUUCAGUUGAUGUGAUGGAUUACUCACUAUUGGUUGGUGUCGACGAAGAGAAGCAUGAACUCGUUCUUGGGAUUAUUGACUUCAUGAGGCAGUAUACAUGGGACAAGCACCUGGAGACAUGGGUUAAAGCCUCUGGCAUCCUUGGUGGACCCAAGAACGUGUCUCCGACUGUAAUUUCACCUAAGCAAUACAAAAAAAGGUUCCGGAAGGCAAUGACUACCUAUUUUCUGAUGGUUGCUGAUCACUGGUCACCUCUUACUAUUACUCCCAACAAGUCACAGAAUGAUUUGUGUGGAGAGAACUCGCAAAGUGGAAAAUCUACGGAGUGACUCUGUAUAUCUGCUUGUAUAUUGAUCGUAUUAUUGGGAUUCCCGGUUAUACUAGGUUCAUAUAUCUCUCCCCAUUUUUUCAAUUCUUUUGAUAUGCAGUUUGCAGUUCUAGGGGUACUCUCCUUAGUGAGGGAACACAUCAUUAUUUGUUUAGAAGACAUUGAUGGAGGAUUAUAGCUUUAGUGAAAGAUUUCUCCUACAUAGACAUAGGUUUACCUUCAAGAAAUUCUUUUGUACAUCUUUUUUUUUUUUCUUUUUCAAUCAUGAUUUUUUCCUUGUGUAGAACCCAAGUUGUACAUGAGUUACAAAUGAUCAAUUGCUAUUUUUGGUCAAUGCAUGAUUUUGGAUAAAGUUUAUGCUGCUGAAGUUAGUAACUCGAUCUUUUAUAUAAAUUUUGUCUGUUAUCUUUU